CGCUGAAGAAUGCGGCUUAGUGCGCAUGCUCAGUUUGUAACCGGAAGUGAUUAAUCCUAGGUUUCAGGGCCCGAAGUCGUCGGGGAGGCUUUCUAUGGAAGAGAUGUCAGGAGAGAGUGCUGUGAGCUCGGCUGUGCCGGCCGCGACGACCCGGACCACCUCGUUCAAGGGGUCGAGUCCGAGCUCCAAGUACGUGAAGCUGAAUGUGGGCGGAGCUCUUUACUACACCACCAUGCAGACCCUGACCAAGCAGGACACCAUGCUGAAGGCCAUGUUCAGCGGCCGCAUGGAGGUGCUGACUGACAGCGAAGGAUGGAUCCUGAUUGAUCGAUGUGGGAAACACUUCGGCACUGUGCUGAAUUACCUGCGUGACGGCGUGGUGCCUCUGCCUGAGAGCAGGAGAGAGACAGAGGAGCUGCUGGCUGAAGCCAAGUACUACCUGGUGCAGGGUCUAGUGGACGAGUGUCAGGCUGCACUGCAGAAUAAAGAUGCCUAUGAACCCUUCUGCAAAGUACCCUUGGUGACAUCACCUAAGGAAGAGCAGAAACUCAUCGCCACAUCGAAUAAGCCCACCGUUAAACUGCUGUACAACAGGAGCAACAAUAAAUACUCCUACACCAGUAACUCGGACGACAACAUGCUGAAGAACAUCGAGCUGUUCGAUAAGCUGUCUCUGCGCUUUAACGGCCGAGUGCUCUUCAUUAAAGACGUGAUCGGAGACGAGAUCUGCUGCUGGUCAUUUUACGGGCAGGGCAGGAAGAUCGCAGAGGUGUGCUGCACCUCCAUCGUCUACGCUACUGAGAAGAAGCAGACCAAGGUCGAGUUCCCUGAAGCACGGAUCUAUGAGGAGACGCUGAACAUCCUGCUGUACGAGUGUCAGGACGGCCGCGGGCCAGACAACGCGCUGCUGGAGGCCACAGGGGGCGCUGCGGGACGCUCACACCACCUGGACGAGGACGAGGAGCGUGAACGCGUGGACCGUGUGCGCAGGAUCCACAUCAAACGACCCGAUGACCGCACGCAUCACCACCAGUGACCUAACUCUCGUCUGACCUCUGACCUGCAACCCCUGUGCCUUAAUCACCCAGCUCCACCUCUCUCUCCCUCUCUCUCUCUCUCUCUCUCUCUCUCUCUCCUGUCAGUGAUCACAUUGCUGAUUGAGAAUUCACACAGGAGAGGGAGGGAGAGACACACAGUCAUAUAACAAUCACUGAAUUCUGAGAGAAUUCACUUCUGUCCCUUUAUACGUUCUAAAAUAUGGUCUGAUUUUCUGAUUCUCUGAUGGCAGGAUUGCGUGCGUUGUGCUUUUUGUUUCUCUUCCAUCUGCGUGAAUGUAGCUGAUUUUGACCUGACAGAGGAGUGUGUAUAUGAAUAGUGAGGAAGUUGAAUCUUCUGGAAGUGAGCAGCAGUCAGGAGUCUUAAACACUCAGAGGUGAAACGUUACUGCAGUCGCAGCUCUAAAAUGGACAGUGUUAGCCUUUAUCAGGUUGUGUGCGUGUCGCAUGUUAACAGCUAAUUACUGGACUGCUGAGUACUGAUUGUGUGACUAACGUCUCUGUGAUCGCGGAUUUGUUUUGGGUUUCUCACUACUGAUCAGCUUUAAGUACUGAGAAUAGUGAUGGAGUGAGAGAAGAGAGUGUAACUCGUUUUAUCCACCAGAGGGCAGCAUUGUGCUCGUUUUGCCCCUUUAGAAAGCAGGCUGUGGUCACUGAGAGCAAUAACUACCCUAUAAAUCAUGUCAGUGAGGCUGAGUGACACUUGUUUGUGAUGAGGUGGAUUACAGGAGGAAAAGCGUGUGUUUAAUUAUUAAUCACAGGAGGUAGCAGUGCCUCUGGCUGUGGGUCUGCUGAGUGCUGGUGUUCAUGAUAGAAACACAGCUGAAGCUCUGAGUCUGGACCAUCAGUAAUAAAGGUAACUGUAAACUCUGCUGAAGGAGCGUUUCCCACCAGAUGACAGAUCCAGGAUCAGCUUGUGCUUUUCACAUGAUGACUGUAGCUUGUAUUGAAAGUGUAGAGCUGACCCUGGAUCGGCAGUGACAUUACUGACCCCGGAUCGGCAGUGACAUUACUGACCCCGGAUCGGCAGUGACGUUACUGACCCCGGAUCGGCAGUGACAUUACUGACCCCGGAUCGGCAGUGAGAUUACUGACCCCGGAUCGGCAGUGACGUUACUGACCCCGGAUCGGCAGUGACAUUACUGACCCCGGAUCGGCAGUGAGAUUACUGACCCCGGAUCGGCAGUGACGUUACUGACCCCGGAUCGGCAGUGACAUUACUGACCCCGGAUCGGCAGUGACGUUACUGACCCCGGAUCGGCAGUGACGUUACUGACCCCGGAUCGGCAGUGACAUUACUGACCCCAGAUCGGCAGUGACAUUACUGACCCCAGAUCAGGAAGCUCUGUAUUAUUUUUUGCUACAGUAUGAAAGCUGAUCCUAGAUCAGCAAAGUCUCAUAUAAUUUCAGUUAAAAUAUGCCUCUUGUUUAGUGUGUGUGUGUGAACUCAGUCAGUUUUAUUGUCUGUCACUAGUUUUAUUAAAGGCACAUUAUGUAAUCCGUAUUCUGUAGAGAUGUUUGUACAGAUGUGCACAUGACUUAAGAAAUGUUUUACAUACAAUUAUAUUUAUACACUCCUUAUCACAAAUAAAUAUUUCUACCAAUUUUUCCAGGACCAGAA